AUGGCGGAUUCAGAAUUGGCAACCCGAGCACCAGAGUCAGAUUUACAGGAAGAGUCACUAGAGGAUGACAAGAGCCCGUUAACCUCGAAACAAACAUCGUCCGCCGAGCCUCAACCAGGCCAAGCUGCACAAGUCUCAGACCAUUGCACCACUGACCGACCACUUCCUUCAGGUAUCGCCUCUGAAGCACCCUCCGGCACGCUGUCAAAAUGGUCUAUCGACACUGGUUCUGAUGUUGAGGUUUACGUGUCAAAGCCUACGGACUAUCCGACCACACCAGCACGGCUCUUAUUCCUCCUUACCAAUGGCACGGGUGUGCAUUCUCGCAACAACCAGCAUCAGGCCGACCUCUUCGCACGCGCUGGCUACCUAACUAUUAUGCCAGACCUCUUCGCGGGUGAUCCAGCACCGAACACGAAGCCAGAGGAGACUCCACUAAGCUCGGAUGCUACCUGGCUCGAUACUGUCAAACUCAAGGUUGCAGAAACAGCCAAGUCAUUCAGUCUUGACAUGUGGCUUGCUCGGCAUACGGAGGAGACAGUUUUGCCUACUUUGCAUGGUGUUCUGAAGGUCGCAAGAGAGGACUACGCUGAUGCUGUCAGCCAUGGAGAUGGCGUCUACGCUGUUGGAUAUUGCUUUGGUGGUCGUUAUGUGCUUCUCUUAGCAUCAGGGAAGACGCAUGAUACGCCAACUGGACAGCAGGCGCAAGGCAAAGCUGAGGAAGGUCAGAUGAUCACAGGACUACAGAUCAAGGCAGGCGUGUGUGCACACGGUACUCUCGUCGGCAGGAAGGACGUCCAAAACAUAAAGGCGCCAAUACAGUUAGUAUGUGUUGAGGAUGACCCACUAUUUCCAGAAGACGUCCUUGAUGAAGGAAGAAAGUCGUUGGAAGAGCACAAGAUUGAUCAUCAGAUUGAGGUCUACAAGGACGUGCCGCACGGUUUCGCCGUGGUCGGCGAAUACGAAUCCCAGAAGAUCAACGACGCUCAAUCUAAGGCGUUCGACGGAAUGCUCGCUUGGCUCAACGCGCAUUGA